UUUAAGAAAUACUAAAUGUUAACAGUCUUAUUUUGUAAUAGCUCUACAGGAGGACUUAAUUUUGGAACUCUGGGCUCUUCCACUGCUACGGCAACUACAUCAGCUCCUUCAGUGGGAUUUGGGAGCGGGCUUUUUGGAUCAAAACCAGCCACUGGCUUUACACUGGGAGGCACCAGUACAGCAGGAACAGCAACAACCAUUGCUCCAGCACUGACUCUAGGCACACCUGCCACCACAUCAGCAGCUACCACAGGCUUUAGUUUAGGCUUCAACAAACCUGCAGGUUCAGCCACACCGUUUGCUUUAUCUAUUACUUCUACCUCAGCAAGUGGCCUGUCGCUAUCUUCUGCUCUUACAUCAACUCCUGCAGCAGGUACUACUGGCUUUACCUUAAAUUUAGGUGGAACAACUGCACCAACUACAACUGCCUCCACAGGCCUGUCCUUGGGAGGGACCUUAGCAGGUUUAGGAGGUUCACUCUUCCAGAAUACAAGCACAGCAGCAACAGGACUUGGGCAGAAUGCUUUGAGCUUGACUCUGGGGACAACUGCAGCUCCUUCAAGUACUGCUAAUGAAGGUCUUGGUGGCAUUGAUUUUAGUAGUUCUUCAGAUAAAAAGAGUGACAAAGCGGGAACAAGACCAGAAGACAGCAAAGCGCUAAAGGAUGAAAAUCUACCUCCAGUGAUCUGUCAAGAUGUAGAAAAUCUACAGAAAUUUGUGAAAGAACAAAAGCAAGUUCAGGAAGAAAUCAGUAGAAUGUCAUCUAAAGCAAUGCUUAAAGUACAGGAAGAUAUUAAAGCUCUGAAACAGCUUCUGUCUGUAGUUGCCAGUGGAUUACAAAGAAACACUCUUAAUAUUGACAAGCUGAAAAUGGAAACUGCACAGGAGCUAAAGAAUGCAGAAAUAGCAUUAAGAACACAGAAAACUCCUCCUGGUCUCCAGCAUGAAAACACAGCCCCGGCAGAGUGAGUUACUGUUGCUUAUAAA